AGAUCAUGGAGCCGAAGUGGCUACUGUGCGUGACCCUGCUGGCUCUCGGGACUCUUGCUGUUCAGGCACAUGAUGUGGAUAAUGACAACGAUGGUGAUGAUGUAGUUGAUAUCGAGGAUGACUUGGAUGAUGGCAUUGAGGAGGUAGAAGAGUCAAAGCCUGAAACGAGCACUCCUCCUCCAACUCCAAAGGUUACCUACAGGCCCCCAGUCCCGACUGGUGAGGUGUAUUUUGCAGAGUCCUUUGAUAAAGGAACUCUGGAUGGAUGGAUCCUUUCCAGAGCCAAAAAAGAUGAUACGGAUGAUGAGAUUGCCAAAUAUGAUGGUAAAUGGGAAGUCCAAGACAUGAAAGACACUAAGCUUCCAGGAGACAAAGGGCUUGUAUUGGUAACCCGAGCCAAGCAUCAUGCAAUUUCAUCCAAACUUUCAAAGCCUUUUGUAUUUGAUACCAAACCUCUUAUUAUACAGUAUGAAGUAAACUUCCAAAAUGGAAUAGAGUGUGGUGGAGCCUAUGUGAAAUUGCUUUCAAAAACCCCUGAAUUGAACCUGGAUCAGUUCCAUGACAAAACUCCAUAUACGAUCAUGUUUGGCCCUGACAAAUGUGGAGAGGACUAUAAAUUGCACUUCAUCUUCCGACACAAAAACCCCAAGACUGGCAAAUACGAGGAGAAGCAUGCAAAGCGUCCAGAUGCAGACCUGAAGACUUACUUUACUGAUAAGAAGACCCAUCUUUAUACUCUGGUCUUGAAUCCUGAUAAUAGUUUUGAAAUACUGGUUGAUCAAACGGUUGUCAACAGUGGGAAUUUGCUAAAUGAUAUGUCUCCUCCUGUGAAUCCACCCCGAGAGAUUGAGGACCCGAAUGAUCAGAAGCCUGAGGACUGGGAUGAGAGACCAAAAAUCCCAGACCCAGAUGCUGUUAAACCAGAUGACUGGGAUGAGGAUGCUCCUGCAAAGAUCGCAGAUGAAAAUGCUGUGAAACCAGAGGGCUGGCUGGAUGAUGAGCCAGAAUAUGUGGCGGACCCUGAUGCUGAGAAGCCUGAAGACUGGGAUGAGGAUAUGGAUGGUGAAUGGGAGGCACCUCAGAUUGCAAAUCCUAAAUGUGAGACAGCCCCUGGCUGCGGUACCUGGCAGCGACCAAUGAUUGACAAUCCAAACUACAAAGGCAAAUGGAAGCCUCCUAUGAUUGAUAAUGUGAACUAUCAGGGUAUAUGGAAACCCAGGAAGAUCCCAAACCCAGAUUUCUUUGAAGACUUGGAACCGUUCAAAAUGACUCCCUUCAGUGCUGUGGGACUUGAGCUGUGGUCAAUGACUUCUGACAUCUUUUUUGACAACUUUAUCAUCUGUACUGAAAGAGCUGUGGCUGAUGAUUGGGCCAGUGAUGGAUGGGGACUGAAAAAGGCAGCAGAUGGUGCUGCAGAGCCUGGUGUUGUGGGCCAGAUGAUGCGUCCCUGGCUUUGGAUAGUCUACAUCCUCACUGUGGCUUUGCCAGUGUUCCUUGUUGUCCUUUUCUGCUGUUCUGGGAAGAAACAGCCAAGUGCUGCAGAAUACAAAAAGACUGAUGCUCCUCAGCCUGAUGUGAUGGAUGAGGAGAAAGAGGAAGAAAAAGACAAAGGAGACAAGGAUGAAGAGGAAGAGGAGGAGGAAGAGGAAGCAAAUGAGGAAAAGCUAGAAGAGAAGCAGAGAAGUGAUGCUGAUAUAGGGAGUGCUAGUCAAGAGGAGGAGGAAGAGGAGGAGGAAGAAGACAGGAAACCUGCAUCAGAGGAGGAGGAAACUGUGAAUAGAUCACCCAGAAACAGAAAGCCAAGGAAAGAUUGAAAAAAGUCAUAAGAACUUGAUCUGUGAUUUUUUUUUUUUCAAACAUGGUUCUGGGAGAGGACCUUGGACACCUUACAUUGAAACUUGGACAAACCUCAAGAUUUCACCAUCCACAGGUUCCAGUCACACUAUCCAAUGUAAUGGAGUGUCUAGCAGUAAAAUAUUUGCAAUCAUCUGUUUUAAAGAACAUCAUUCCUGUAGAAAGAAUGCAUUUAAUAUAAUGGGCUGUGGAUUUUGGAAUGUAACAUAACUAACCUUUUCAUUUUUGGUUUUAAAUACUCUUUUCUGUUUUUAAGUAGAUUGGUAGAAUUUUUCCAGUCUCAAACCUUGGCUUAAUUUAAUAUAUUAAUUAGUGAAAAUAACAAAUGAAUCUUGAAAGUGCUAGGUAAUAAAAAUGCAGUUUUAUAACUAGUUUUUUUUACAAAUAUGUAAAUUCUGAAAUGCACAGGUGUCUUUAUAUCCCUUAAAAUUUGCUAAUUGUUUAAAGAAAAGUUGUCAAUGUAUUUGACAACACCUCUGCCCUCAAAAGAAAAGAAAACUGGGGGGGCGGGGGGGAUGUAUGGGGAAACCAGUAGUGAAGCUCUCUAAUCGGUCAACUUCAUUCUUUUGGGGGGAGGUGGAAGUCAGUCUAUAGAAUAUGCAUAGCGUGCAUGGCUAAAGCCUUGUUAAGUGUUGACAAGAGAUCUAGGAUUUGGAGUGGGUCAUCUUAAUGUGGCAUUUAAUCCUGCGGACCUUGCAGAUAAUGGAUUUUGGUAGUUCUUGAACUCUUCUUGUAAAGCUUGUUGUUAGGGGUAUGUGUUAGACUGCUUCCCCUUUCCCUCUGUUCAGCCACCGAUGCUUUCCUUUCUCUGUGACUGUGCAGCUUUGCCUCGGUUGCUGAAGCGCUUCAUGUUCAGCUCAUCAUCAAACUCUAUUUGCAAACUCUGUUUUUGUAGCUAGGCCUACUCCUUUCCGGGGUCCAAACACUGGAUAGCACAGUGUCCCACAUCCUCUCACUGUAUCACUGUGUGUCUGCUCCUGUAGAAACGGAGGAGGUAGUCAAGUUGAACUGGGUAUUUGCUAAGGAAAAACAACCAACAAACCAAGAUGUCAGUAUUGUAGGUGGGGAAGGAGCAUGUGGAGUAUCUUAACUGGUAUGUGAAACUGUUUAAGUCUUUCAUCUGCUCUUCAUGUAACAAAUGCAUCCUAAAUUAUAUUGUGAAUGUUAGGGAGUUCCAAUUCCAGCUGAAUAAAUUUUUUUUAAAGCG